AUGAACAACCAGCCCGGUGGAGGCCAGCCUAGUGGAGAAGGCAAAGAUUAUCUUGAUAAAGCUGACGCCUCGGGCCGGGUGGAUGUAGCUCUUGACGCGGCCGAGAAGAAAUUCGGCAAGGGGAAGAUCGAUCCCAACAAGUCGAGGGGGAUAAAUGAGAAGAUUACGGAUUUUGCGAGAACGACGUUUGAAAAGAUGACUGGGAAGAAAGUGCCCAAGAAGUUUUCCAAUUAG